UUCCCGGGGAGCUGCGGGCUGGAAGGCGGGGCGCCACGGCGUCUGACCCGGCCAGUCCGGGUGGGGGCUUGGAUCAAGGCACCGCUGUGUCCGUGUGUCCGUGCGUCCGUGCGGCCUGGUUUUGGCCAUGUCCGCGUGAGGACUUCACGGCUGCCACCACCCAAGUCCCCGCCGGUGCCUUCAUGAUGGGCUCCAUCCUGAGCCGCCGCAUCGCGGGGGUGGAGGACAUCGACAUCCAGGCGAACUCCGCCUAUCGCUACCCUCCGAAGUCCGGAAACUACUUUGCUUCCCACUUUUUCAUGGGAGGUGAGAAAUUCGACACCCCCCAUCCUGAAGGAUACCUCUUUGGAGAGAAUAUGGAUCUGAACUUCCUAGGCAGCCGCCCUGUCCAGUUUCCAUAUGUCACUCCUGCGCCCCAUGAGCCUGUGAAGACAUUGAGAAGCCUGGUGAAUAUCCGCAAAGACUCCCUCCGACUUGUGAGGUACAAAGAUGAUGCUGACAGCCCCACUGAAGGUGGCGAGAAGCCCCGGGUGCUCUACAGCCUGGAAUUCACCUUUGAUGCUGAUGCCCGAGUGGCCAUCACCAUCUACUGCCAAGCGGUGGAGGAGUUCCUUAAUGGCAUGGCAGUGUACAGCCCCAAGAGUCCAGCCCUGCAGUCGGAGACCAUCCACUACAAGCGGGGAGUGAGCCAGCACUUCUCACUGCCUUCCUUCAAGAUUGACUUCUCUGAGUGGAAGGACGACGAGCUGAACUUUGACCUGGAUCGGGGCAUGUUUCCAGUGGUCAUCCAGGCCGUGGUGGAUGAGGGAGAUGUUGUGGAAGUGACUGGCCACGCCCAUGUGCUUCUGGCUGCCUUUGAAAAGCAUGUGGACGGCAGCUUCUCUGUGAAGCCUUUAAAGCAGAAGCAGAUCGUGGACCGAGUCAGCUACCUACUGCAGGAGAUCUAUGGCAUUGAGAACAAGAACAACCAAGAGACCAAGCCCUCAGACGAUGAGAACAGUGACAAUAGCAGCGAGUGUGUGGUGUGUCUGUCAGACCUUCGGGACACGCUGAUCCUGCCCUGCCGCCACCUGUGCCUGUGCACCUCCUGUGCUGACACGCUGCGCUACCAGGCCAAUAACUGCCCCAUCUGCCGGCUACCAUUCCGGGCCCUCUUGCAGAUCCGGGCCGUGCGGAAAAAGCCAGGAGCCCUGUCCCCCAUCUCCUUCAGUCCUGUCCUGGCCCAGAGCAUGGACCAUGAAGAACACUCUUGUCCCUUUAAAAAAUCAAAGUCGCACCCUGCCUCCCUGGCCAGCAAGAAACCUAAAAGGGAAACUAGCUCUGACAGCAUCCCACCUGGCUAUGAACCCAUCUCUCUGCUUGAAGCACUCAAUGGCCUGCGGGCUGUUUCACCGGCCAUCCCUUCAGCGCCUCUUUAUGAGGAAAUAACCUACUCGGGGGUCUCGGAGGGCCUUUCCCAGGCCAGCUGUCCACUUGCUGGAAUCGACCAGGUCCUAGAAACCAGCCAUCAGAGCAGGCAGCGGAGCAAGUCUCCUGACAGCACCCUGCGGUCCCCGUCAUCCCCCAUCCACGAGGAGGAUGAGGAGAAGCUCUCUGAGGACUUGGAAGCUCCUCUCCCACCAGGUGGCCCGGAGCUGGCCCUGGGGGAGAGCAGCUCCCCAGAGAGUUUCCUAACAGAAGAGGUUGAUGAGCCAUCGCUGAAGCAAGGGAGCCAAGUGGCAUCCAUCGAGGAGGUCCUGCAGGAUGGCAGCCCCGAGCACCAAGGUUGUGCCCAGUCAGGUCCUCCUGCUGACAUCUACCUGCCAGGAUGGUCCACAUCCAUGGAGACGCCCCACAGCCUCAGCACCACCGGACCCCCUUGGCCUCCACAUGGUGGCGCCAGUCCUGACCCUGGGACCUCUGACCUGACCCCACUCUGAGAGCCUGGUCCCGCUAGCAGCAUGGAGCCCUCUGCCCCCCAGACUCUACUGAGGGACUGCCCUGGACCUCAGUGUGACCCCAACCUCUCCUGUCUGCACGCCCUGUGUGGUACCAGCCUCUGAGGGGUCAGGUGACCCUUGAUCAAAGAGCACAGUGGAUUGUCCACUCUACACACCUUCUUUUUCUAUGGUUGAUAUGUUUGUAAAUGGUACAAGAUGAAGGACAGCAGCUCUUAAUCCUGGGCUCUGGGCCCUGUUCCCCAAAUGCCAGUGUCAACACUCAGAAACUGGCAGAAGAGGAGUUAUUGAUGGAUGAUGUGCUGUUGUCACAGACGUUCAAGAUGGGGGAGGAGGGCCCAAGUCACAGUCAAUGAAGGAAACAGUGCCUGUCUGCCCAUCCCACUUCCUGCUCCUUGUGGCAGACUGGCCCUUGCUGCUUUUUCACCCUAGUGUUGUGGCCAUGGGUGGCCUUUCCUGGUGCCUGAGGGCCCACCUCUGCUCUAUGCUCUGGGCCCCUUAGUACCCAGGUAUCUGCCCCAGCGCACGCCCUUUCCCUGACAACCCAUCUGUAGCCAUCGGUUCCCGGUGGCCUAAUACCCAUGUCCUGUGCUUUCUCACAGGCACUGCUUUGCUCCCUCUCUAGAUGCCUCCACAGUGGUGCCGUUUCUCCUCAGCUGCUGCUGCCAGGCUAUGUGCAGCAGCUUCUUUGGUUCCCCUGUUGCCUUUUCUGUGUCCCUUUGCUUUUCUCUUGCUUCAUCUGAAUGGGGGCAGAGUCACAGCUGUGAUGGUGUACUUCUAAUGCAGCCUUAGAGAGAAGCACAGGGGCUCCAGAUGCUUGUGCCUUCACAGCCUCGAGUCUGUGCUGUGUGCAGCCUGGCCAGGGAGGAUAGAGGGUCCCUGACUUGUGGGAGAAUGGCUGAGAGGGAGGGCCUGCCCUGGAACUCAGUGAGUGUUGCUUGAGCCCCAGCUUUGCCCAGUGGCACACUAGAGAACCCAGUGGUGGCCACGUUGUUUUGCUUGUGUGCAGAGCACAGUCCGCAUACCCUGCUUCCCCUGCCUGCCCUAGGUUCACACAUGAACACCCCUCUCCUGGACGGUGUCGGUGGCAGCACUUUGAAGGAUGAGAUGCAGAUUAGUCUGUCUCUGUCUUGGACUCACCAUGCUAUCAUUUGAUGUACUCUGACUGGCUAGUCGUUUGUUUGUUUUUACUGUAUAUUUAUAGUAAUAAAAUUACGCAGCAAUA